GAAGGUUCAAAUCUCAAGGAUUUUGCACCUUUUACAUUUAGCAUUACUACACGUAUCAUUAUUGUUGUUGCCCUGCAUCAGUGCGUUUGUUCUUGAUUCUUGUUUGUUAUACGUUCUUUAAAUUAAAAAGUGAAUUUUGAAGUGUUUAAUCAUUUUUUAAUAAGUUUCAGUAUUUGGAAUCUUUAAUAGACUUUACAAUGGCUCUUGAUUUACAUCGAAAAUAUAUCGAAAGAAAACAAGAAAGCGCACCAUUGGUACCAAUCAAAGACAUAAUAAAUUCUAAGUACUAUUUGGAUCCAUUACAGUUGUUAGGAGAACGCGAUUUCAACGAACCUAGAGAAAUUAGCGAAAGUGAAGUAGGAACACCCGUACAAGAGUUUUUCCGGGAUGCAGUAGUUCUAAUUACUGGUGGUACAGGAUUUAUGGGCAAGGUUCUGACAGAAAAGUUACUCAGAUCGUGUCCGCAUAUCAAACAUAUAUAUUUGUUGAUCAGAUCUAAGAAAAACAAAAACGUCGAUCAAAGGCUUGAAGACAUAUUUGAAGAUAGGUUAUUCAAACGGUUAAAACACGAAGUUCCCAAAUAUUACCACAAAAUAUCUGCAAUAGCUGGUGACUGUGGUUUACCAGGACUUGGACUAAGUGUCAGCAGCAGAAAUACGUUGAUAAACGAAGUAAAUAUUGUUUUUCAUGGUGCCGCUACCGUUAGGUUUGAUGAACACAUUAGAACUGCAAUGAACAUCAAUGUUUCGGGCAUUAGAGAAAUGAUAAGCUUAUGUAGAAAAAUUACUAAUUUAAAGGUUUUAGCUCAUAUAUCAACUGCGUUUUCGAAUUGUACUCGAUUGUAUGUCGAAGAAAAAUUUUAUGAUAGCUCUGUGAACUAUAAAGAUAUUUUAGAAUUGAUUUCGACGAAAGAUGAUCAAACUCUUCAAGAUAUGACUAAUACAAUAAUUGGAAAUUAUCCAAAUACAUAUACAUUUACAAAAUCUUUGGCUGAAGAUGUGAUUCGAAACGAAGGGCAAGGUUUACCAAUGUUUGUUUUUCGACCCUCAGUUGUUAUUGCGACAUACCGGGAACCAGUAAGAGGCUGGAUCGAUAAUGUUUAUGGACCGACAGGGCUCGUUGUGGGAGCUGGAACUGGUGUAUUGCACACAUAUUUUGGACAUUCUGAAACUGUCACAGAUAUUAUUCCAGUAGAUAUAGUUGUUAAUGCGCUCAUAUGUUCAUCAAAAGAAGUUGCAACUACCAAGCCUGAUGAAAUACCAAUCUAUACGUGUUCUAGCUCAAGACAAGUACCUAUCAAAUGGUAUGAUUUCAUAAAAAUGAAUAAACAACAUGGGAUAUACUGGCCAACGAUUCGUGCCAUUUGGUAUUAUUCUUUUUGGCCAACAAACAACCCAUAUUUGUACGCUAUAUUGAAUCUAUUUUGUCAUAUCAUACCUGGAUACAUACUUGAUACAUUAGCUGUUAUGUCUGGUCAAAAGCCAAUCUUGUUAAAUAUUUACAAAAAGCUAGACAAAGUACGUGAAACUUUGGCCUAUUUUGCCAACAAAGAAUGGACUUUCGUAAACGAUCGAAUUCUAAGGCUAUGGGAUACACUUGAUUCACAAGAUCGCGAAUUAUUCAAUUUCGAUGUUAGGCAAAUAUCAUGGGAAUAUUUCAGUCAAGCGCACUGCCUUGGUCUGAGAGUUUAUCUAGUGAAAGAUGAUAUACACACGUUACCAAAUGCUCGAAAAAAAUGGGAAAGAUUACAUGCAGCUCAUAUAGUAGUUAAAACAUUAACAAUAAUAUUUCUAUUAUGGUUAGUCUGGUUACCAGUGUCAAUGAUUUUUAAAUAUAUGAUCUGAAUUAUUACGAGUUUACAAAACUGUCAAUAAUCUCAUGGGAAAUAAUGUUUCUUUCUUUUAAUUGAUGUAUGAUAUUUAAAUAGAAAAUAUAAAUUUCUUUCAAUUUGUAAAGCUAUUAUUUACUAUAUUUUAUGUAGGUUAAAUUUAGUUAAGUUUUUUAUCAAUUCUAUAUGUAAAAAUAUAUAUGUAAAAAUUGUACGAAAAAAAGCUCAACUAUCGUUCUUUAUACUUGAUUAUAAUAAUAGGCGCAACUAGGAGAUGGAAUAAAAAGAGCUUCGCUGCCAAAAAUAUUUGGAAAACUAUACUUAAUUUUAUAUAGUAUAAGAACACUUUUUAGGCAGGAGAAAAAUGUGUAUUUCUGUAAAUUUUUUUAAAUAAAGUUAACACUAUUUUGACAGAUCACAUUAAAAUAUAUGUCAAAAGAGAGGCCUAUUCAAGAAAAAAUUUACUGCCCUAUUUUUAUUUAAAAUGUUAGUUUUGCAUAGUCAAUAGGAAGGGCUUUGCUUUUUUAGUCUUACUUCCUGGAUUUAUUACUGAUAACAGAAGUUCACUGUUAUCUUCUACAUAUAACAAUUUUUACAUUAGUUAUGUAGUUGUUUUAUAGAAAUGUUUGUAUUUAUUUUUUAUUAUGAAAACAUGUAGACUUAACAUUUUUAUAUUGUUUAAUAUGUAAAAAACAUUAUUUAUCAUAAUAUGUGAUAAUAAUACUAACUUAUUUCAAAAAUGUCAUAUCUUAAAAUAUAACGUAUUUGAAUUAUAUUUACAUCAAAAUGUCUUAAAAAU